CUCCAAACGCAUCUUUGCAACAAAAUGCUCCGAAGGAAACGUGAGAAGAGCACCGCUGCAGGAACCCGCAAUUGGCUGGAACUGCCGUGGGACGUGACGGCGUCGAUUCUCUCCCGGCUAGGUGCGAUCUAGAUCCUUAACAGCGCCCAAAACGUGUGCUCUUAGUGGCGAAACAUAUGCAAAGACUCAUCAACGUGGAGAUCCAUUGAUAUGCGCAACUCUGGUGAGCGGGACAAGGACCAUGUCCACGAGAAGAUGUGCGUCCACGCCGUCGGUCGCUGCUGCGGCUACUUGCUUGAUAUCAAUAUCGAAUAUUUUGGUACUGAUGAACUUCAGUUUUAUAUCUCCGAGCGGUCUGUUCAUCUGAAACGUCUUCGACUGUUUUCGUGCUACGAGAUCUCGGACGAGGGAUUAAGCGAAGCAGCUUCAAAGCUUCCGUUCUCGAAGAGCGCAAAAUUUCGAUAUGUCCCAUUUCGAAACACGCCGUCGAAACCAUAGGUCGCA